AUGAACGUUCAAAUCCUAUCUAGAAAGCUGAUAACUCCAUCAUCUCCAACUCCACACCAUCUUCAAAACUUGAAAAUAUCAUGGCUUGAUCAGUUUCUCUCACCGCAUAAUUAUUUACCUUUCAUUUUCUACUACCCAUCCAAUGGUGAUGAAAAUAACGAAGAAAGAAGCAAGCAAUUACAGAACUCUUUAUCAGAGAUAUUGACCAUCUUCUACCCACUUGCUGGAAGGUACAUUGAUAACAAUCUCAUAAUUGAUUGUAAUGACAAGGGAGUUGAAUAUACAGAAGCCCAGGUAAGCGGUGGCCUCUCACGGCUUCUCGAAGGAGGAGAACUUGAGACCGAGCUGCGGAACCAUUUGGCUCCACAUCCAGUUCAACCUGACAACAGCCCUCUAGUACUAAUCCAAUUCAACAUGUUUGAAUCCGGCGGGGUGGCCAUUGGCUUGUGUGUGACACACAGGGUGGCUGAUGCAUAUACAGUAUUUACAUUCGUUCGUACUUGGGCUACAGCAUGUAAAUUAGGGGUUGAUGAAGUACUACAUGCCCCAAGUUUCCAAUUACCUUCCUUCUUCCCAUCAAGAGAUACAAUAUCUUCUCCUAAUCGAUUCAUCGGCCGCAAUCAUCACAAGAUUGUGGUUAUGAAGAGGUUUGUGUUUACUGGUGCAGCCUUGUCGAAACUGAAGGCUGUUGUUAGUGCCAGUGUCAAUGGAUCACACCAGCCGACACGAGUCGAGGUCGUGACAGCAGUUAUAUGGAAGACACUAACAAUGGUGGCUCAAGCGAAACAUGGUCGGUUAAGGCCUUCCCUCUUGUCGCAUACGUUUAACAUGAGAGGGAAGAUAGCAAUGCCUAUACCUGAUAAUUCUUGUGGGAACUUCAUAAAUGUGGCACUUUCACACUUUACAGCAGAUGAUAAGACCAAGGUGCAACUUCAUGACUUUGUAGAUAGAGUUUACAACGGAAUAAAGAAUAUGGUAUCAGAUUGUGCAAGAGUUUCAAGUGAUGACGAGUUAUUUGUUAUGGCGGAGAAGAUCAGGAUCGAGACGAUAAAAGCAUUUACCAGAAGCGAAAUGGAUCUCUAUAUGUUCAAUAGCUGGUGUCGGAUGCCAGUUUAUCAAGCAGAUUUUGGCUGGGGAAAGCCUGGUUGGGUUAGUGGACUGUAUGUGCCUGGUGUUGAGAUGGUUUUUCUUGUAGACACUAAAGAUGGUGAUGGAAUUGAGGCAUGGGUGAGCUUGGAAGAAGAUACAAUGCUGCUUUUUCAAGAAAAUCCUGACAUUAAGGCAUUUACUGGCCAAGAAUUAUAG